CUUCUAUUCUACAUCUCUAUCCACUCCUUUAACAUUCAAAGAAACGCACAUUCAUUCAAGCGCAAAACAAUUCUCAUUCUGUCUCUCUAAAUCUGCAAGGGAUCCGCUAGUACCGAUACCUAAUACCUAAGACACAUACACAAUGGCGAGCGGCGGCAGCGAAACGAUCAACCUCGACACCUUGAGCGCGCAACAGCUCACCCAAGUCAAGAAGCAACUCGACGAAGAACUCGAGCACCUCACUUCUUCCUUCGCGCAGCUCCAUGCCGCCCAGUCCAAGUUUCGAGAAUGUCUGCGCUGCGUUCAGGAUAAGAAUAAGACGCCUGCGCUGAAGGAGAACAACUCAAUCCUCGUCCCCCUUACCAACUCCCUUUACGUUCGCGGAACCCUAUCGAGUGCGUCGCAUGUUGUGGUGGAUAUCGGUACGGGAUUCUAUAUUGAGAAGGAGGUCAAAUCGGCUGCGGACUUUUAUGAGACCAAGGUGGGCGAACUAGGUGCAAGCAUUAAGGACCUCGAAGCAAUUGUUCAGGGAAAAACAAAUAACGUCCGUGUCGUUGAGGAGGUUCUGAGACAGAAAAUGGUUACAGGAACACAGCAGCAAGCACCACCGCCGUAGAGGACGAUGAGCUGUGUGAGUUAGCCUUGAUAGCUCUUAGUACUCUCACAAUACGCCCCUAAUACUGAGCCAUUAAUGAGUAGAC